AUCUUCACUUAAGUGCAACAUCAUGCCGGAUUACAAGGUUUACUAUUUCAACGUAAAAGCUCUGGGCGAACCACUGCGGUUCCUGCUGUCUUACGGCAACCUUCCGUUCGAUGAUGUGAGGAUCACCCGCGAAGAAUGGCCAGCACUCAAGCCAACAAUGCCGAUGGGUCAGAUGCCGGUACUGGAGGUUGACGGCAAAAAAGUGCACCAGUCGGUCGCUAUGUCUCGCUAUCUGGCCAACCAGGUCGGUUUGGCCGGCGCUGAUGAUUGGGAGAACUUGAUGAUUGACACCGUGGUCGACACGGUGAACGAUUUCCGUCUAAAGAUUGCCGUUGUCUCUUACGAGCCGGACGAUGAGAUCAAGGAGAAGAAAUUGGUUACUUUGAACAACGAGGUCAUUCCAUUCUAUCUGGAGAAGCUGGACGACAUUGCACGCGAUAACAAUGGAUACCUGGCCAAUUCUAAACUGAGUUGGGCCGACAUUUAUUUCACCGCCAUUUUGGACUAUUUGAACUACAUGACCAAGUCUGAUCUGGUCGCAAACCAUCCGAAUCUGCAGAGAGUGGUUGACAACGUAACAUCGAUCGAAUCCAUUCGUAGCUGGAUUGAUAAACGACCAAAGACUGAAAUCUCAAUGCCCAUGGGCCAGAUGCCGGUGUUGGAGGUCGAUGGUAAGCGUGUGCACCAAUCUCUGGCAAUGUGCCGGUAUGUGGCCAAGCAGAUCAAUCUGGCCGGUGAUAAUCCGUUAGAGGCUCUGCAAAUCGAUGCCAUUGUCGAUACGAUCAAUGAUUUUCGUCUGAAAAUUGCGAUUGUCGCCUACGAACCGGACGAUAUGGUGAAGGAGAAAAAAAUGGUCACCCUGAACAACGAGGUGAUUCCGUUUUAUCUGACUAAGCUGAACGUGAUCGCCAAGGAGAACAAUGGCCACCUGGUGCUUGGCAAGCCGACCUGGGCUGAUGUUUAUUUUGCUGGUAUCCUAGACUAUCUAAACUACCUGACCAAGACAAAUCUGCUCGAGAACUUCCCGAACUUGCAGGAGGUGGUCCAGAAGGUGCUAGAUAAUGAGAAUGUCAAAGCUUACAUCGCUAAGAGACCCAUCACCGAAGUUUAGACGGAUGGUGUGAUUUGCCGAGAAGAGCAACUUUUAAAAUGCAAUCACCUUGAAUAUGAUUCUUUUUUUUCUUCUACUACUAUUUCUUAUGCUGUUGGAUCGGUCGUUGGUGUUCCGUUUGUUUUUGAUAUCAACGAAUAAUUUACCUACUGAUUUCAAAUUCUAUGCACUCGUGAUAACACAAAGGUUCUGGCGUGCGUUUUGCAUGACGCACUGCGAUUGAAAUUUCUGCUACGAAGGAUACGCUUUUUACUUAACCACGAUUUACCAAUUUCAUCUCAUGCAUGUGUUCACACAAAACAUCAUAAGCUGUAAUAACAGUGGUUCUAGCAUUCACGCCUAAGCUAAGCUCGAUAAUGGAUAAGUAUGACAAUAAAUGGCGAUUCAGAACGGUUGAGAUGAUAUGAAAAUUUUGUGUAAAAGAAACAAAAAAUCUUGAUGCGCGUGAUGAAAUUGUGGGAAUAAACAAGGAAUCGAAACAGAACGUUCGGUUCUGCAAAGCCAAA